GUAUGCCAAUGUAUAACCAUGGCAACUACAUUGUACGAUUGGGGCACCUUGUUCGGUGGCUUGCAGAGCAAGCAGAAGAGAUGGGAGUGGAGAUUUAUCCUGGUACUCCUGCAUCAGAAAUUUUAUAUAAUGAUGAUGGAUCAGUUGCUGGUAUUGCUACUUCUGAUGUUGGCAUUUCUAAGGAUGGGGCUCCUAAGGAUUCCUUUGCUCGAGGAAUGGAGCUGCGGGGAAAAUGUACAGUAUUUGCUGAGGGUUGUCAUGGCCACCUGGCCAAGCAACUGUAUUCUAAAUUCAAGCUACGUGAAAACUGUGAGUCUCAAUCGUAUGGAAUUGGGCUUAAAGAAUUAUGGGAAGUGAAACCUGAAAACCACAAGCCAGGAACAAUUGAACACACUGUUGGAUGGCCACUUGACAAGAAUACUUACGGAGGCUCAUUCUUGUAUCACUUAAAUGAAGAGCAACCAUUAAUUGCUCUUGGCUUUGUUAUUGGGUUGGAUUAUACAAACCCAUAUUUACAUCCAUUCAAGGAGUUUCAAAAAUUCAAACAUCACCCAUCUGUUGAGCCUGUACUGCGGGGUGGGACAAGGAUUUCGUAUGGUGCCCGAGCCUUGAAUGAAGGGGGAUUACAGUGUAUUCCCAAACUUUCAUUCCCUGGUGGAUGUUUAAUAGGGUGUUCACCAGGGUUUAUGGUUGUUCCAAAGAUCAAAGGAACACACACUGCAAUGAAGAGUGCUAUGCUUGCUGCUGAAAGCAUAUUUGAAUCUCUUAACAAUGAGGAAAAUGCUGAUGCUGUUUGGGUUGAACCAGUCACAUAUGAGAAGAAAAUAAAAGAUUCUUGGAUGUGGAAAGAGCUUUAUGCUGCUCGCAAUGUGCGUCCAUCUUUUCACAGCCCUCUUGGUGUGUUUGGUGGCCUCCUCUACACUGGCCUCUUCUACAUCUUAGGACGAGGAAAGGAACCUUGGACUUUGAAGCAUGGAGGUAGAGAUGCAGACAGACUUAAGCCAGCAAGUCAGUGCAAACCAAUUGCUUACCCUAAACCCGAUGGAGAAAUUAGUUUUGACCUUUUGAGUUCGGUUGCACUGACUGGCACAAACCACGAACAUGAUCAGCCACCUCAUCUUACUCUUAAGGAUGACUCUGUCCCUGUGGAAAAGAAUUAUGCAGUGUUUAAUGGACCAGAAGGGCAUUUUUGUCCUGCAGGUGUGUAUGAGUAUGUGCCACUGGAAGCUGGUGAUGGUGUGAGACUUCAGAUAAAUGCUCAGAACUGCAUCCAUUGCAAGACAUGUGACAUAAAGUGCCCAUCUCAGAAUAUUAAUUGGGUAGUGCCAGAGGCAGGUGGUGGACCUGCAUAUGAUGGCAUGUGAAGA